CUCCACAUGCACAAAAACCACGGAAUUCUCUGCGUUUUCGAGUGGCGCUCCAAUGACGUCAUUCCAACAUGGCGGCUCUGGUAUAUCCCAAACUAGAAAUAAGAGCAUGGUUUUAUGUCUUUCUUUUGUUCAGCAGUUUUCUAUGAAUGUUUCUGCGUGAUGUUUUAUGUGCGUAAUGCAAACAAAUAUAAAUAAAUAAAUAUCCUAAUCAAGAUGACAUCCAGUAGAUUUAUGUAUAAAGCACUUAACAAAAUAAAUAACUCUCAUUUCGGAUUUUUUUUUGUCUCACAUCAGACACAUGAAUCCAAUCUAAAGUUUGCAAUGUGGGACAUGGGGAGGUUCUGGGUUAGGGUUAGAUCCCGGUUAUAAAAGGCGUCAUAACGUCUCAGCAUGUAACAGGCUAGUGUAGUAGUAAAGCCACACACACACACACACACACACACACACACACACACAAAGAGUCAGUGUUCCACAAUCCCCAUGCAGAAGAGUCUCUUCCAGUCAGAGCAGGACAGGUCUGAAGGAACUGCAACAAAAGUAACAGAGAACUUUUCCUUUUGAGAAGAGAAAGUUGGUGUCUCAGUGUGAAGGUCUAGUGCUCAGUGAGUGUGUGAGUGUGAAAAUGGAAAUAGAGGAGAAAGAGGAGUGGAGAGCCAGGCAAGGAGCCACACUACUGGGGAAAACAUCUGAACAACCACUGGAGCAUCCAAAAAACUCAUCUACCUGUACAUCUAAAAACAAGAAAAUCAUUGCUGGGGUUAUUCUGCUCACAUUUUUGGCUGUAAUCAUCACACUUGCACUCCUUCUAAAGCCGCACUGUAUCUUAAAAGAGAACACGUGUAAAAAUAGGUGUCUUUCUGGAAAGAGGAACAGCGAGGCUGCAUGUCAGUGUGAUGCAUCAUGUGUGCAAGAACGCGACUGCUGUCUCGACUAUCAGGAAGUGUGUGUUGAACCCGGUCAACUAUGGACAUGCUCCAAAUUUCGUUGUGGUGAGCAGAGGUUAUCCAGUAGCCUUUGCUCUUGCGCUGCAGAUUGCGAUCAAAAAGGCGAUUGUUGUACAAAUUACUACAGCAUGUGUAAAGGAGAAAAGGCAUGGCUAGAGGACGAAUGUGAUGAUAUCAAGACACCUCAGUGCCCUGAAAGUUUUUCCAAACCACCUCUAAUUCUAAUAUCAAUGGACGGCUUCAGAGCAGAGUACCUGACAUUUUUUGGAGGCCUACUUCCAACCAUCAGCAAGCUAAUAAAAUGUGGAACUUCUACAAAGUAUAUGCGUUCCGCUUAUCCUACAAAGACCUUCCCGAAUCAUUACACCAUUGUAACCGGUCUCUAUCCAGAGUCACAUGGGGUCGUGGACAAUAAGAUGUAUGACGUUACAAAAAAUCGGAGUUUCACUCUGAAAGGAGAUGAGAAGUUUAACCCUUUUUGGUACAGUGGUGAACCAGUGUGGCUUACUGCCAUGAACAACCAGCUUAAAUCUGGGACAUUCUUCUGGCCUGGAUCAGAUGUAGCUAUUCAAGGGCAGUAUCCAAAUUUUCAUAAGAAGUACAAUAGAAGUAUUCCGUUUGAGAAGAGAGUGAUGACUAUUUUUGAAUGGUUGAAUUUGCCACAAAGAGAAAGGCCAGACUUAUACACUUUAUAUUUGGAAGAGCCUGAUAGAUCUGGACAUGAAUAUGGACCAAAAAGCAGUGAGGUGAUCAAGGCUCUGUUGAGGGUCGACCGUAUUUUGCAGUUGGUGAUGGAUGGACUCAAGCAGCGAAAACUCCUUAAAUGUGUCAACCUGGUUCUGCUGUCAGAUCAUGGAAUGGAGGAAGCUUCUUGCGAGAAAGCUGCAUACGUCUCGUCCUACCAGGACGACGUCGAUGAUUUCAUAGUCAUCCAGGGUCCUGCGGCACGAAUCCGACCCAAACGCAUUCCGGAAGAUUUUUUCACUUUCAAGUACGAAGAGCUAGUGAAGAAUCUGUCGUGCAGAGCUCAAGAUCAGCCCAUGAAGCCUUAUCUAAAAGAGCACCUUCCUAAGCGACUCCAUUUUGCUAACAAUGUGCGGAUCGAAAGAGCACAUCUCUAUAUGAAGUCUCAAUGGCAAGCAGCCCUCAAGCCAAGUGAAAUCAAGUACUGCAAGGGUGGGUUCCACGGUUCCGAUAACACCUUCACAAGCAUGCAGGCCAUUUUCAUAGGAUACGGACCUGGAAUAAAGUCCAGCACAACGGUCGCUCCAUUUGAAAACAUUGAAGUGUAUAACCUCCUGUGUGAUUUGUUGGAAAUCCCACCUGCUCCUAACAAUGGCACUCAUGGGAGUCUCAACCAUCUACUAAGAAACCCACCUCAUCAUCCAGUCCAUCCUCCUGAGAUCUCUUCAGCCACUAUCUGUUCCUCCGAUGCUCUCACUCCAACGGACGACCGCGGCUGCUCCUGCAAGCUCCGCAACAAAUCUGAGAUAGAAGAGCUCAACCACCGUCUGAAUAGCUCAAGUACGUCAAUUUCAACAGCUCAGCAUCUCCAUCUGCCAUACGGAGUCCCACGAGUUCUUCAAAAGAAAGCAGACUACUGCAUACUUCAGCACUCGUCCUACGUCAGCGGAUACAGCAAAGACAUCCUCAUGCCUCUAUGGGUUGCAUAUAGUCUAAAACCACUGUCUGCCAUCAAACCUCUGGAUUCCUCCCAGGAAGAGUGUAUUCGGGCCGACGUUCGUAUUCCAUCCAAAGCGAGUCAGUCCUGUGAAACCUACAAGAACAACCGCACGGUAACAUAUGGAUUCCUCCAUCCUCCUGCUCUGGCGGCGGACGGAACCGAAUUGGAUUCACUGAUCACGAGUAACAUGGCACCAAUGUUUCCGAUCUUCAAAGGUAUUUGGGAUUAUUUUCACAGUGUUCUCCUGGUAAAAUAUUCCAAGACUCCUGGCGGUAUCAACGUGAUGAGUGGGCCGAUAUUCGAUAAAGACUUCGAUGGAGUCUACGAUGAAGUCACGAAACGAAAGACAGAGCCCGAGACACCGUUUCCCACUCAUUUCUUCGCGAUCCUUACAAGUUGCAAGAACGCAUCUCUGGCUUUGCAGAAUUGCCACAACCUCCUCGAAACGGUUUCUUUCAUCCUCCCUCACCGUCCAGAUAACCUCGAGACCUGUCAUAAUGGCAGCGAAUAUUCCUGGGUUCAGGACUGGACUCGGCUUCACGUGGCGCGGAUCCGAGACGUCGAACUUCUCACUGGAUUGAGUUUUUAUGAUCUUUUACCUAUUGAGGACGCAUUACAGCUUAAAACCUUUUUGAAAACUUUUUAGGUGCUCCACAGAAAAGGGCGCUGGGAUCUUGUGAUGUAACGUCCAGUCUGAAUAUGAAUCUACUGUGUAUAUAUAUAUAUUAUAUAAUCUUGAUACCAAAGAAACUCAGAUUGAGUUCAUACUCCUGUUUUAUAUAUUUGAAAAAUAAAAAAAAUUUUAUGUUUAUAAUCUUUUUUAAAUAAAGAGAGAACAACUCCUAGCUGCAUUUGUAUUUACAUGUGGAUUUAUGAUGUAUCAGUGUGUAUUUAAUUUAUCUAAUUAGUUGUUGAUCUCAAUAAAAAAUGACACAAUCUAA